AUGGCCAAUUCCGACUCCCAGUCAGACCCAUCCAAGCUGGAAGCCGGCAUCGCCGAUGGUGACACCAUUACACACCAACAGACAAACCAGUCUACACAAUUCGACUAUAACCAUUAUGGCCCACUCGCACAGGUCAACACAGCAGGAACCCUCUACCCUCCAUUUGCAGGACAAUUUCAACCGGGUGCGUUCCGUCCUGGCCCCGUGGAGCGGCGCACAAUCGCCAAUCCGGCUCCAUUGGGCCUAUGCGGUUUCGCCCUAACAACCUUCGUGUUGGGUUGUAUCAAUAUGAAAACGCGUGGGAUCACCGAGCCUUAUAUGUUUGUGGGUCCUGCGUAUGCCUACGGAGGUCUUGUUCAGAUUCUUUCUGGGAUGUGGGAAAUGGCUGUUGGAAACACGUUUGGCGCGACCGCGUUGACUUCAUACGGUGGAUUUUGGAUCGCAAUGGCAAUUACUUUCACGCCGGGUGGGUUCGAAAUUUCACAAGAGCUGGUCAAAGCCGAUAAUGGAUCUAUGGGGAUGUUCUAUGAUUCUCUCGGUCUUUUCCUCAUGGGAUGGUUCAUCUUCACUUUCUUGAUGAUGUUAUGCACCAUGAAGUCAACUGUCGUUUUCUUUAGCCUCUUCCUCUGCGUUGAUCUUGCCUUUCUUCUUCUCGGAAUAGGCUACUUAGUUCGUGACGCAAAGGAAGAUCCUAACCAGAAGAUCCUCACGGCUGGUGGCUUCUUCGCUCUUCUCGCCGCAUUUCUCGCUUGGUGGGCAGCCUUCGCCGGUGUCGCGGAUACUAGCAACAGCUUCUUCAUUGUUCCUGUCUGGCACUUCCCGUGGUCUGACAAGGGCAAGGCCUCCCGGAGAAAGCAAUGA